AUGGCCGUCUUCCUUGGUCGCAAGGUAAUGCUUGUCGACCUAUUAUGCAUGGUCAUGUCGAACUUGAUGACAAAGAAACAUACCUCUGUGGCAUGGAUCGACGAGGCCGAUCGAUGCUUCUUCCCUUGCCUAUCAUUCGACGGGGGAGCCGACGAACCCAGUGAGCUGGUUUCUGGUGUGGUCCGGCCACAGGCAUAUUCGGUUCCGGCCCCUCAAAUGGUGACAGAAGUUAUCGUCGGCGACGGAAAUGGGCCUCCCGCCCCAGAGGCUAAAAUACUCAAUCUGCAAACGGACAGCGAAAGCUUCGCCUUCAUGGAGAAGCUUUUCCUUUCGGGGAUGCCAUCCUUUGUCAAGCCCGAGAACGUACUGUGCAUAUACGAGUAUGUUCCAAAAGAUACUAACGCUCAAGUGCAAUUCCAAGCAUUUGACAGUCAGCUGAGAUCGACGAGAGAGAAGCGUGGCAAUGCAAAUGGCAAGUACGCAUGGUUUGGAUCAACGACGCAGGAAAUCCUCAGAAUUCUGACCUAUGGAUUUGGAUCCGCGGUCGCACCCACCGUAGGAGCAGCUUUCGGCAGCGGCAUCUACCUUACGCCAUAUCACCGUUCCUUCUCCAGCGUCAAUCUUUGCAGUGUUGACGGAAACGGAGUGCAGUGCAUGCUCCUAUGCCAAGUCAUCUUGGGAAACUUGGAACAAGUCCGGCCUGGUUCUCUGCAAAAUUCACCCAGCAGCGAUGACUAUGAUUCUGGGGUGGACGACCGUAAGGAUCCCAGGUGUUUCGUGGUAUGGGCCACCCACGCAAAUACUCGUGUUCAUCCAAGAUCUGUCGUCAUUUUCAAGUUGCCCCCAAAUCUCCAAGAGUACUUCUUUGAUCUAAGCGAUUUCCGCUUUGACAAGAAUCCGAUAAGAAAUAUUCCACGUUUCAAUCGGCUCUCCGCUCCUGUGAGCACACCCACCUUUUCUUUGAAUGCGUCGGUCACAGAGGUGAAGCUGUCCUAAUUAUCAUAUCAUUGAUCGUCUCUUGCA